AGCUCACGUGAUUAUGCUACAACAAUUUACAAUUAAACUGCCGUUUUUUAACAUUCCUUCUUAAUUACUGUAAUUUUUCAUUCCAUUCCAACAAUCUUUCUUUCUCUCACAUUCCACUCUUAAAUUUGCAACCUUUCCGGUUCUCCUUCUCCAUGGUGAGAUGAAAGUUUCAAGUUUGAAGAUAUGGGCUGUUCUAUUUUAAUCUGGGUAUCUCAAAAAAUUGCCUCUUGAAUCUUGGUUUUUGUUCUAGAAGCUCAUAGAACACUCAAACCCUCCCAUUUCAUCUGGGUUAGUUGAAGAAUUUACACCCACAAAAUUAUGGACACUAAUAGAAAUUGCUGGGGGUCCAACAAUAAUAAGGACAAAUCUUGGAAAGCAGUAUUGGUAUUAGCAUAUCAAAGCUUGGGAGUAGUAUAUGGGGAUUUGAGUAUUUCUCCAUUGUAUGUGUUCAAGAGUACAUUUGCAGAUGACAUUCAUCAUUCUGAAACAAAUGAAGAAAUUUUUGGUGUUCUUUCAUUUGUUUUCUGGACUCUUACUUUAAUCCCUUUGUUUAAGUAUGUUUUCAUAGUGUUAAGAGCAGAUGACAAUGGUGAAGGUGGUACUUUUGCGCUUUAUUCAUUGAUAUGUAGGCAUGCGAAAGUGAGUCUUUUGCCAAAUAGACAGGCAUCUGAUGAAGAUGUUAGUACAUAUAAGAUGGAGCAUCCUCCUCAGAGUAAUAGCACUUCUAAGGUUAAAAUGGUGCUUGAGAAGCAUAAGUCUUUGCGGACUGCAUUGCUUGUAUUGGUUCUUCUUGGUACUUGUAUGGUUAUUGGAGAUGGACUCCUUACUCCUGCUAUUUCUGUUUUCACUGCUGUUUCUGGCCUCGAGUCAUUGAUGUCCCAUGAGAAUCAUCAAUAUGCUGUGAUUCCAAUCACAUGCUUCAUCUUAGUCUGCCUUUUUGCUCUUCAACAUUAUGGAACACAUCGAGUUGGAUUCGUCUUUGCCCCUAUAGUUUUGAUCUGGCUAUUAUGCAUAAGUGGUCUGGGGUUAUAUAAUAUCCUUCGUUGGAAUCCACAUGUUUAUCAAGCUAUUUCACCAUAUUAUAUGUACAAGUUCUUGAAGAAGACUACAAUAAGCGGAUGGAUGUCUUUGGGAGGUGUUCUGCUGUGCAUUACAGGUUCUGAGGCAAUGUUUGCUGAUUUAGGCCACUUCUCUUAUAUGGCAAUUCAGAUUGCUUUCACUUUUCUGGUAUAUCCUACGCUCAUACUAGCUUAUAUGGGUCAAGCAGCAUAUUUGUCAAUGCAUCACGAGAAUGCUGAUGCAAUCAGUUUUUACCUCUCUGUGCCAGAGAAGGUCAAGUGGCCAGUAAUUCUGGUAGCAAUUCUUGCUUCAGUUGUGGGAAGUCAAGCAAUUAUAAGUGGGACAUUCUCAAUCAUUAACCAAAGCCAAUCACUUGGUUGUUUCCCCAGAGUCAAAGUGGUUCACACCUCAGAUAAGAUACACGGCCAGAUAUAUAUUCCUGAGAUAAACUGGAUACUGAUGGUACUUUGUAUUGCUGUUACAAUAGGAUUCAGAGAUACGAAACAUUUGGGGAAUGCAUCAGGAUUAGCAGUGAUGACAGUGAUGUUGGUGACUACUUGCCUAAUGUCCUUGGUCAUGGUUUUAUGCUGGCAUAAACCUCCAAUUUUAGCUCUAUGUUUCCUUCUCUUUUUCGGUUCGAUCGAAAUUCUCUACUUCUCGGCUUCUCUUGUAAAGAUUGCCGAGGGUGCCUGGCUUCCGAUCCUGCUAGCCCUCAUUCUUAUGACCAUCAUGUUUGUAUGGCACUACGCCACCAUCAAAAAGUACGAAUUUGACCUCCACAACAAAGUCUCCUUGGAAUGGUUGCUAGCCUUAGGUCCAAGCCUAGGAAUAUCGCGGGUCCCAGGCAUUGGCAUGGUCUUUACCGACCUCACUUCUGGCAUCCCGGCAAACUUCUCUCGGUUUGUCACAAAUCUCCCUGCAUUCCACAAGGUAUUGGUGUUUGUGUGUGUGAAGUCUGUUCCUGUUCCCUACAUUCCCCCAGCUGAGAGAUACCUUAUUAGCCGUGUGGGGCCCCCAACUCACCGAUCUUAUCGGUGCAUAAUCCGAUAUGGAUACCGUGACGUCCACCAAGACAUAGAUUCAUUCGAGUCUGAGCUAGCUACAAAGUUGGACGAGUUCAUCCGUUAUGAUUGGGUUCGGGACCAAGGAGAAGCCCAGCAGUCCUUUGAUUAUGACGAGGCCCGGUUAAACGAAUCUAAUGGGUGUAGAUUAGCCGUGGCAGGUACCGUGAGAUACUCCCGUGAACCACCGUAUGAGAUUGAUGAAAACCCGCAACCAGCAAGCGUGUCCAUUGGACUGCCAACAGUUGACAGCAUGGGGGAUAUUAUGGAAAUGGAGCCUGUGAAACGAAGAGUAAGAUUUGCUGAUCAAGCAUGGUCAUGUGAUGAGAGAGAAAGUCAGAUGCUUCAAGAAUUAGAUGAUCUAUGGGAUGCUCAGCAAGCUGGGAGUGCAUUUAUAAUAGGGCAUUCCCAUGUUAGAGCUAAACAAGGGUCAUCUUUUUUCAAGAGGAUUGCCAUUAAUUUUGGGUACAAUUUUCUUAGAAGGAAUUGCAGGGGACCUGAUGUUGCGCUCAGGGUGCCACCAGUGUCGCUUCUUGAGGUUGGCAUGGUCUAUGUUGUUUAGGACUUGGAUUAUGCUUUGUAAUUAGUUUUUAACUUAAAUCGGUUUUGUUAAUACACAUGAAAAGAGAGCGAGCAGGCUGUUUUUGUGCACUGUUACGUAAUAGCGGGAAGUUUAGGGCAUGUUUCAUGUCUGCUUAAAAAGAAAUGGUUUGUAAAGUUUAAAUUUUCUGAUGUUUUAGCAUUUUACUUGUUUUGACCCAGUGGCAAAAACUAAGGGUUUGUUUAUGAUAA